AAUUGUUUAUUAUAGUUUGCUUGGUUUAGGAAACUCUUUGAACGAAGAAUUCACGCGAAAUGGUUCACAAGACGGAAAAGUGAACAAGGCUGGCGGAAAAGGCAAAAUGUACAAGUGAGUCUCUAUGAUCCCGUUAUCGCCAUUCAUAAUUUUGUCUAGUCUGUUUGACUUAUGUAGAAAUAUAAGGCUUUAGGUAGGCGAUAAAUAGACUUUAUAAAAUUGCAAUUGGCCGAAAAUUUACUCAAUUAAAUAUAGCAUUUGCAGUAAUCAUUUCCCUUCCAAGCAAGGGUGCGGCAAAUGAGAAACUUUAUUUCUAUGUGUGCGAAUUUUAACUAUUUAGUUUCUGUCUUGUGUGAAUUAUAGUAAGAAUCACGGCAUCAUAUUGAGUAAGAAGUUAGAUAAUUUAAUCAAAAAGUGGAUGCCACUGUGUCCGAAAUUUCUGGUAAUGAAAUGAUGAUCUGCAAUGUGAAGUCACAAUGAUCGUAUAAUGAUCAUUUAAUGUGACGUCACAUGAAACACUGUCAUCUGAAAAACGAAACAAGGUAGAAACUUUUGGAAAAAAGAUCUUAUGUGGUCAUUUUCACACAACAUGAUCUCUUCUCAAAAUUAAGGCUAUGUCUUAAUUGUAAAACUUUUGAAAAUUAAGGAUAUGGCUUAAAUUUCAAAUUCUCCAAAAUUAAGGCAUAGCCUUUAUUUAAUAAUACCACAGGGUUGAUAAUACCAAUAAGGGCGCCAGAUUUGGAUUGGAUUAGGGUUAGACUAAGAUUAGAUUAGCGUUAGGGGUUAGAGGUUAGGGUGGGGGUUGGGUGGUGGUUAUGUUUAAAAUUAAGGCAAUGUCUUAAUUUGAACGCUUUUUACAAUUAAGACAUAGCCUUAAUUUUCGGAAGAGAUCGAGCUGUUUCACAAUGUAGGCAUGAAAGAGUGAAGUGAUGCAAUCGCAAAUUCCGUAAGUAUAUAAUUCACUAUUUUAUUCCAGUGCUAUAGCCACUUACUAGACUGUUUAUUCCACUUUGCGCUAUGUAUUGUUCUAUGGCUUGCGUGGCCUUUGCGUGGGCCGCAUGGAAUAAUUUGUGCCUUCCCGCGUGUACUUAAUAACGUAAACAAACCAAAGCGCAAAGAUCUUAUGUUGUCAUUUUCACAAUGCAGGCAUGAAAGGGUGAAUUGAAGUAUAUUUGAUGGGUAUUGUAUUAUUCAUUCGAGUGAGAUGCCACAAAAAUCUUGAAAUGAAAUAUACUUGCUUUUUAGGUGCACUAGCUGUCGAAGCGGUUUCAAUACGAUGGAAGAGCGACACAAUCAUAUGGAAACAGCACAUACAGCAGAAUGUUCGAUAUGCAAGAAGAUCUACACUACGGCAUAUUUAAAGGAACAUAUGACUUUUCACUAUGAGUCAUCUCGUGUGACGUGCAACGUUUGUUCCAAAGUUUUCUCCAGUAUUAGUAACCUACGCAAACAUGAGAAAAAACAUGAAAAUCGUGCAUGGUAUUCCAAUCCGGGACAAGAGACGUUUGUUCAAGUGUUCUGAGUGUCCAGAGACGUUUCAAACACAAAAGUUCUUAGAGGUAUGUUCUGCAAUUUUUACUCUAUUAAGGCCUAAUUCCACGACAAGCGAAAUGCGAAAAAUUUCGAGCGAAAACACACUUGUGCGAAAAUUUUCUCUCGUAGCGAUUUCCACACUUGGAGAAAAAAUUCGCCAAAACAUAAGCAUUUUAUUGGUUUCGCUAUUUUGUCAUCCAAAAGACAAGCAUUUGAUUGGUUUCGCUAUUUCCAUUUCGCAACGGAGUAGAAACGAAUUCAACUACCCGGCGAAGAGAAAUAUUUCGCCGAGAAACAUUCCAAAAUCAUGUUGCGCAUGCGUUCAACCUUUUCGCGCGAAAUUUUUCGCAUUUCGCUCGUCGUGGAAUUAGGCCUUUACGAGCAUCCAUUUUUGAAGACCUGUAUAAGGUUUGGUCUGUAGAGGUUGUGUUCGAGGGGUGUAUCACUUCAAAAUAUCUCGUACAAGUCGAAAUAAAUCCCUAAAAAAUAAAAAAUCUCUCUGAUAAUUUUACAAUAUCCCUAAAACUUAAACUUUCUAUGAGAGACAAAUCAGAGAGACUGAAAGACGAUAUUAAAUUAUAUAGAAUAUAGACAGAUGAUAUUAAUAUAUAUAUAUAGAGAGAAAUCGUAAAUUUUGUCGAACAAAUAAUUAAAGAAUAAAGUUGUAUUAUUUUCGUAAUUUCCACUGAUACUUGUCGCUCCUCCUAAGCUUACAUUACGUCUUUGCAUCCGGGAAUCUGAAUUUACAUUCAGGCAACGGUAUUUUAGCUACUCAGAAAGCGUUAUUUUCCCCCAUUGGGAAACUUCAAUUUUCCUUCGGAUUUUUCCGCCAUGCCCAGUCUAUAAACUAUGUGAUGUCGACAAAGGGAAAAGUCGCUUCGCGUGAACAAAUUCUCCUGGUGGAAAACGGGCUUAAAACGACUUUUGCGCAGUGCUUGUGUUUCUAGACCUAUAAUAAAAUAUUCUUGGAUAUUUACAAAGCGGCACUUAAAAUGUUUACCGCGUUCACUUGAAACUGUACAGCAUGAAAUGAAACUAUUCAGCAUGAAAAGAUGUUGGUAAUGAAAUUACAAUAAAAAUGAAUGAUACGCAACUACACAUGCUUUUUUAUCAGUAACUGGUCAAUCAUUACUUACAUUCUAGGUACACCGCAAGAAGCAUGUGCGUAUUGUACCAAUUCAAUGCAACGAUUGUGGGGAAGUGUUUGCUCAGAAGAACCUCUUACGUCGACAUCAAGCUGUUGUCCACAAAGGGAUAAGACCAUUCAGCUGCAAAUAUUGUGACAAAACGUUCACUCAACGAGGUAGGGGUUUUAGAAUCCGUGUGGGAGUUUUUAUUUUUAUGCAUGCCACAGAUAUAUAUUGCUAUUGUUUAGGUACUUGUACUAAAAAGUGGGAGCCAGUACUGCUUUAG